GGACACUGAAGCCAUAAGUACUGCUGUGCCCGCCUUUCUGAUUUUGGCCAGCCAUUUGCUGGCAAGCGCCUCAGGUUCGGACUUGACAUUAAUCUCCUCGCUGUGGUUUGCUCCCAGCCGCUACAGGGCUCAACGUCGCGCGCGCCGUUGCUCUACCACGCCCGCUAUGGCUCUUGCACACUUGGCCUUCCGCCGGGCUCUCCGCCGAGGAAGCCGUGGCUACCACGCUGCUGUCCAUGAUCACUUCACCAACCCUCGAAACGUUGGCAGCCUCGACAAGGCUGACAAACAUGUGGGCACGGCCUUGGUGGGCAAGGCCGCCUGCGGCGAUGUCAUCAAGCUUCAGGUGAAGGUGGGCGAUGACGGCGUGAUCCAAGAUGCAAAGUUCAAGACCUUUGGUUGCGGCUCUGCCAUUGCUAGUUCCUCCUAUGCGACAGAGAGGAUUAUUGGCCAAAGUAUCGACGAGGCUGCGGGGAUUAGGAAUACAGACAUCUCCUCGCAUUUGAAGUUGCCUCCGGUGAAGAUUCACUGCUCGGUGUUGGCCCAGGAAGCCAUUCAGGCAGCCAUCAACGACUACAAGAGCAAGAGGAAUGUCGAGUAAACGCAGGUUCUUUGCGAAGGCCGCUCUUCAACUGAGAACCUGCUAGACCAAUACCGUAUGGUGCCGAUGGAAAUCUGACACACCACACAGCAGAUGCAUUCUCCUCUGGAUGCAGUGUGUUGAACAUAAAUCAUGCAGUCUUACGGCUGGUUUGAAUGAUCCCGCAAUCUUCAGCUACAGUUCAGCACCUGCCGGAGCCAAACUCACUGGCAGUGCUAGCUGACCUUCUUGCGGGCAGUGUUUUGACCCAGUUCGCAACAAUAGGAACACAAUGCGGG